AUGAUGAGGAGAUCCUUUGCGAUUGCAUCGACAGCGAACAGAUUUGUUCAUCGGAGUCUUCUGGAGAAAGGUAAUCCUGGAACUGCUUCUCCCUCGUUUCCCUUUGCGGUUUGCUGCUGGGAACGAGCUUUCUCUGCUCUCUCUGCUUUAGCUGUUCUUGGGAAGAUGAUGAAACUUGGGUAUGAGCCCAGCAUUGUCACGCUUUCUCGCUUCUCAAUGGUUUCUGUCACGGGAAUAGGAUCUCAGAUGCAGUCUCUCUGCUUGAUCAAAUGGUGGAAUUGGGAUAUAAACCUGAUACGUCACAUUCAACACUCUAAUCCAUGGACUUUUUCUCCACAACAAAGUCUGAAGCGAGAGGUGAGACUGAUGGCUUUAAAGCUUCUUAAGAAGAUGGAGGAAGAGAAAAUAGAGGCAGAUGUUGUAAUCUACAACACAGUCAUUGAUGGUCUCUGCAAAUACAGCAUCCGGAUGAUGCUCUCAACCUUAUUAAUGAGAUGGAGAACAAAGGAAAGGUUUAAAGGAGGAAGCAACGCCUUGUUCAGGAAAAUGAAAGAAGAUGGGCCUCUCCCAAAUAGCGGUGUUUAUAAUACGCUGAUCAGGGCACGCCUUAGAGAUGGUGAUAAAGCCGCAUCAGCAGAACUCAUCAACGAAAUGAAGAGCUGCGGUUUUGCUGCAGAUGCUUCGACCUUUGGCUUGGUUCUUUUCCCAUGCUUUGAGAGAUUCCAAUGGCGUAUUUGCCUCUGCAGAUGGAACAAAGCAAGAUACCACUCGAUCAAAGCAAAGACAACUCGUUUUAAGAUGGAGCUCACUGACUCGGAGAAGCUGCAUAUCUCGAGUGUUUCCAAGAAACAUGUUGCUCAUACAAGCUGGAAACAGCUGUCUGAAGUAGAGAAACAGGUGAAGCUUUGA